GAGUAACUGGUGACUUCCGGCUUUAGCAAGCCCAUGUGGUGAACAGCAACGGUGCUAGUGAUCAGUUCGCGCUAAGGCAGUGUCUGUUGCUUUGAAGGUUUCUGGAAGAAUCCCGUGCGUAUUCUUCGGUAACUCGUAUCACGAUGGCGGAUCUGGACGAUUUUUUUGCGAAAAAGGAUCGCAAGAAGGCGAAGGGUAAAAAAUUCACGACGACCGAAGAAAUAGCGAAGAAGUUGGAGGAAACGGGAAAGCGGACGGAAAAGCCGAAACCAAAAGAAAAACCAUCGAAUCCAGAAGGCGAGGAGACUCAGCAGGUUGAGGAGGAAGAUGAAUGGAGGGAUUUUGAAGAAGAGAAGAAGGACUAUACUGGCUUAAAAAUUGGUAACCUGACGGUUGAUGAGACUGCAGAUGCUGAAUCAGAUGACGAAAGAGGUACUGGCGAAAAUAGUUCCGAUGGCGAAUCUGGAGAAGCUGGUUCUAAGCACAGCGGUCCUUGGAAAAAGCCUGAUGCACCACCAUCACAGCCUGAAGUAGAAGUAGUAGUACCCGUACAGCCUCCUACAGGAGGUAGCAGCUAUAAGCCUCCUCACUUAAGAAAUGCUCCAACAGUAUCAGCAAGUCCACGACAACGAGCAAAGAACAUUGCACCAGAUAUUAACAGUGAAGAGUAUUUCCCCACACUUAGUUCGAAACAGCAGCAAAGUUCAGAGCCCACUGGUCCUUGGGGUAGGCGGAAGCGAGACGAAGGCUCUUUCGAAGAAGUUCGUAACAGAGGUGGGAGCAGAGCAGCAUACAAUGCGCAAGAAGCUCAAGCUCAGGCACCCAAACUGUCAUUGGGUAACAAAUAUGGUGCCCUGUCGCAGGAUCAAAGCUGAAAACGUCGAUUUCGGUCCAAUCAAACGAUAAACAAUCAAUACGUCACCGCCUCGCCACGUUCCAUGGCUCAGCUACGCUCCCGAACAUAAUUCAUAGGUUAGGUUCUAAAUUUGUCCCGCACUACUCGUGCAUACGUAAAUACGGUUCAGUUUCGAGGCCCAGGACAGAAGAGAAAAACCUACGUAUCGAAUAAAAAGCAUAAUAGUUAAUUGUGACGUGUUGUCGUUUAAAAAACGAUGGAAUUCCGAGCACGGGCUCGUAGAUUCUUAAUCGUAGUAACGGUGGUGCGAAACAAAAAAGAUAAAUUAAAAAAACAGAACAAACAUGAAAUAAAUAAUUAAUAUUACGCGUGCACGUGGGCUCGUUCUUAGGAACACGUGUGAUACGCGUACUUCCGUUUAGCAUGGCAAUCUCGUUAUAGCGUAAUAUUUUUCUUCUCUAUCGACUGGAAGUUUUAAGUUAAACUUAAGUUCAUGAAGGAAGCUCCGCGCAAGCCUGAAAAGCUCACGACUACGACGCCAACCUAUUCUUCGCAUUGUUUUCACCGUCAUGGCGUGAAGCGUAUUUGCGCCUCUCGUACAUAUGGUGCUAUGCUACAUCUUCACACAUCUCAUUCGCCUCGCCGAUUGCCAUUCGUACGAUUUUCAUCGGUGACGUCUCGCUCUCAUGCAUGUAGAUAAUAUAUUUCUCGUCAUGGAAGUGACGAGCAUAAUUUGUAUCGUUUUACCUCACGCCGUGACGGCACGCUAGUCGUUCGUUGCUGCGACUUUUAAUAGUCGUCAUAUAUAUCUUCGUAUAAUAAUAACGUGUGAAACUCGCGGGAAGUCUCACUUGAAGUUCACGUCAGUACAGUCUAGGCCAUUUAGCCUCUAACGUGACUGUAUAAACGAAAGAUGUAGGUACGUAAGCGAACGAAGAGAAAUGUCUAGGUAAAUUAAGAUACGUAUAAUGUAUACAGAUAGGAAAAACAAAUUCCGGGGCUGGGCUUCGGGACGGUGCAUUAUAAGUAAAACAUAGAGUCCGCGAGUUACAAAAUGCAGCGAUGGAAUAAAAACAUGAUAAUUUUGAACUCUGUGACGAAUGAAUAUAUCAAUUGAGAUAAAAGUUAGGAGAAUGGGAAUCACACGUACACUGGGAUAAAAUGGGGGGAGAGAGAGAGUGAGAAAGUAAUGUUUGUGUGUGAAAGAGAGAGAAAGACAGAAACAAAUUUACACAUGCUUGAAGAACUAGACACGUAAGAGACGAAAAGAGGAAAAGAAUGUUCAACACACAAAGGCAGAUUUAUGUACGCUUUUGUUGAUGCUUGUUUAAUUAUUUUUGUUAGGUAAGGGUUUUUGUUUGUAAAGAAUGGGAGAGUAUAGGGGUGGGGGUGGGGGGAUUCGAAGAGAGUUUGUAAGUUAAAAGUGUGUUUUCGUCUCCCUCUUUGGAAUCCUUUUGACGUGCAAAAAUGUCACUGGAUUUUCAUUUUCUCUCAGGGGGAGAUCAGCGUAAAAACUCGGGUCGUUUAUUUAGGCAGAGAGUAGAAGGCAAAACCGAGAAGUUGAAUUAUCCUUGUAUAGCGAACGAUGAAAUUGUGAUUAUUUAUAAUAAAUUUCUUAGGAGACUAAUGCGAACUGCCUAAAGAAUUUUAAUAUCGCGGAUUUCUCCUCUGCGAUGCGUCGUACAAUUUAUUAAGGAUACCCUUUCUUACCGUCAGACGCGAAAUGCAUUUAGGAAAAAAAAAAAGGGAAACAAGCGCCAAAUUUAUCUCUUCCUUCUUCGUCAUUGUUUCUCUUUUUGUUUCCCAAUGUCGUUUUUUUACAUGAAAUUCAUUGUUCGUUAUAGCCAUGCUAUAAAUACAUAGGUAGAUCAUUUAUCUCGCAAAUCAUUUAGGUCAGAUGUAUCCGUGGGUCUAUUUAUAUAACCCGGAAAAUUCUACCUCGCUGAACUUAGUGCAGUUUCUAGGGAAAAAAUUAUAAUAGGAACUCGAGUUUUCCGAUGGCGAAGCGACAAAAUCGCGAUCACGUUAGGAAAGACACUCGCGUGUCCUUGAAGACUGUUUCAGAAUCAUUUUUCUUUUUUUUUCACAUCUUAGUAGCGCGAGGCUAGGCUGCGAUUUGUUACAGAAUUGUUAAAGUAAAUAAUUUUUAUCGCUGUUCAUGACGACUGAGAGAAAGCGAUAGAAUCACAUGGAGAAUAUGCAAGAGAGAGAAUGAUGAAGUACGAGCAUUACGUGGCGAAAGACGAUAAAUUUAAUAAAAAUCAAUUAUCAAUGAA